AUGUCAUACCAAUACUUGAAAGAUGCAAGAAAGAUCAUAUGCAUUGGGCGUAAUUAUGCAGCUCAUAUCAAAGAGUUGAAUAAUGCCGUUCCAAAGCAGCCAUUUUUCUUCUUGAAACCAACGUCAUCUGUGGUGACACCAAUGGGACCAGAAUCAGUGACCAGAUUGAGUCCAGACGCUGCUACACCGAUCACAUUCAAUGGCUUGAAUGAAGACGGUAGUAAUCCAGGUCCUAUUUACAUUCCUAAGGGAACUAUUAUCCAUCAUGAAGUAGAAUUGGCUUUAGUCGUUGAUAAACCACUCAGUAAUUUAUCUAAGGAAAAGUUUGGUCCAGAACAAGUUUGGGACUCAAUCAGAGGUGUCUCCUUAGCCCUUGAUUUAACUGCCAGAAAUGUUCAGGAUGAGGCUAAGAAGAAGGGUUUGCCAUGGACGAUUGGUAAAGGUUUCGAUACCUUCUGUCCUAUUUCUUAUUUUAUUCCAAAAGAACAAUUGUUUAAUAAGACUAACUUACAGGACUCCUUUAGACUUUCAUGUUCUGUCAAUGGUAAAUUGAGACAGAACGACAGCACUUCAUUGAUGCUAAACCCACUGGACAAAAUUUUGCAGCACAUCUCUACAAUGAUUUCUUUGGAACCUGGUGAUAUUGUUUUGACAGGUACCCCUGCUGGAGUUGGCGAAUUGCACCCAGGUGAUAAGAUUGAAUGUCAACUGUUCCAAGAUGAGAAGCUGCUAGUUGAGUUCGCAUUUGACUGUGAACAAAGACCAGGUCCAUAUGAGUUCAAAGAGGUUUGA